UGUUAAGGGCUUUCAGAAGUCACGCUAUAAAAGAACUACACUUGCUUGUCCGUUUUCUGGUCUUGAAGGAAAUUCCAUAUAAUGUCUCACAAACAAAGCGACAUUCUUGAGCUUUGGAGCGAGUUAAGGGAAAGGAACACAGUGACUGUGGUUUUUGAAACCUUCCUAUUUAUCUUGGCGAUGAUUCUUUCUUUAUUUGGGAAUCUCAUGGUCUGCUAUGCCGUACGCAGAAACCCAGGACUUUGUCGGCGUCCAAGCAACUACUACAUCAUUUCUUUGGCCCUGACUGACAUUUCGCUUGCUUUAUCUACAAUGCCGUGGUCAGUUAUCCUGCUGGCUACUGGAAAAUGGCCUUUUGGAACGUUUCUCACAUAUUUCGCAACCAUUUCCAAGUUAUCACUGACCAACAUCUCAGUAUGGACCAUGGUAUUGAUGGCUUUGAACAGGUACUACAAAAUUGUAAAGCCAACGAAAUACCAAUGUGUUUUCACAAAGAAGUUCAUUGUUUCCUCAGCCUUAGCGGUGUGGGCUACAUUCAUUGUUAUCUCUCUCCUCUUUAUUGUCACGUUUCGUUUUUCCAACCAUGUGUGCCCGGCUUUUGCACUGCCUUUGACAACUUAUGAAAUGCCAAUUUCUCUACCAACUUUGAUAUUUAUUACGUUUUUGCCUUAUCCUAUCGUUAUUUUCUGGUAUUGGAAAGUUUACCGGGCCAUCAAAAUGCACAACGCAAAUAUUUCAUGGCAGAAUGCAAAUGUAGAGGAUGUUCGAGUCGCGAAAAUCCUGUUUAUUACCGUCGUCGGUUUUGUCAGCCUCUGGUUGCCGGCUCAAAUCAUCUACCUGGUCUCCUAUCAUAGGAGGCUACCACGUCAGCUCACAUUUCUCGCGACUCUUUUUAUUUUCUCGUCUAGUUUCAUAAAUCCUUUCAUCUAUGGUUUUAUGAACCGUUCAUUCAGAAAUGAAUUCAAAAAGUGCUUGAUCCUGAAAACGAAGCAGUCAGUGGACAUGGAACUCAGUCACAGAAAACCCGGUCCAGUGUAACGGACGAGUCCUCCUUGAGUUGAUGAAAUUUAACAAGAAAAUAUCGCUAAGAUUUAUUUGUACCAUCCAAGAUUUGGUAUCUUAUUGUGGAAUUACAGAGUAACUAUCACAAAAUUUCCUUCUCCUAAUUUCUAAAAUUCAUAAUACAAAACUCCUACCUAAGGAGUACGUUAAAAUUCAAAGUACGUUUCCUUGGGGUCUGAAAGCGGUAACAUGUCUCUUAAUCUUAUGUGGUUGGUAUUUGAUGCUCUCUCUCUCGUAUUUACUUACGGAGUCUACCAAAAAUUGUAUCUGGCUGCAUAUUUCGGAGUGGGCCCAUGUUUGGUCCAAGU